GCGGCCAGACGUGUUUUUUGGACGCACCAACACGGUACGCGAGUUACACGGUUUUUCAGUGGUAAAACGCGCGCUUCGCCGACCGCAACCGACCGCACCAGACGGGCUCGCACCGACAACAACAAUCACGUCGUGGCUUUUUUUUUCCAACCGUUCGGUUAAAAGUUUUUCCCGUAUUUUCUAGACCAGCCCCCGCACCCCCCACCUACCCACACGAUUCCCUCUCCCCCCGCCGGGAUCCCGAGCGGAAUCCGCGAGUCCGGCACACACGGUCCAGCUACAGUGGUCGCGGUAACAACAACAACAAAAACAAUCUCCAUCGUGUUUUUAAAAUAACACGCGAUUUAACGCUCUUUUCCUACGCUAUCAUAAUAUUAUAGUACUCCGCCGUCAUGUGCGCAGAAAAUAUUAUAUUGUACACCGCACCGGAACGUAGCACGGUUCCUCGAGUCUGAUGUCAAUCAUUGCAGUUGAGGUUCACGAACGGAGCACGUGGACAACUUUUCGAGUCACGUACGUUGAACAGAAGAAAAUGUAAUGGGCAGCGGUCACGAUGACGGAGCUGGCAAGGUGUGGUUGGCGCAGGUCAUCUGCCGCCUGGUGUACUCUGUGUAUCAGGACAACGGCAACUACUACAACAACGGUUCGGCGUCGACCGUGGCCACAACCACCGCCGCUGCAGCCGCAGCCGCGGCCACCACCACCGCGGCCACCGCCGCCGCCAUAGCGGUGGCCGGCACCGAGAUGGUGAUGACCGCGACGACGAACGGGAACAAGUUGCUGGUAACAGAGGCCCGGGUCGACAGGCUGGACUGCGGCGGUACAUGGACGUUGGACUGCCGGCGGGCAGCGGGCGCGCUCGCGUGCACCGACUCUCUGUCCAAGGCCACCAACGCCGAUGUCCGGCUAUACCUGCCCGCCAGGCUGUCGGCCCACUUUGACGGACAGCCGGCCGUGUCCGUGGGUUUGCCCGAAACGGUCCGCGGUAACGCCGUCACCGUCGUCCGCUGUGACGGUGACGGUGGCGGCGGCCACGACCACGACGACGUCAACCAGGUGACAUGUUCGAUACACGGCGAACAGCGGCCACACGCCACUGUGGCCACCGACGACGACGAUGACCCCCGACGUUCGUACAACUGGAAGUAUCUGUUCGUCUUCGUGUUCAUCGCUUCCGGUGGCGUGGGCAACAUACUCGUCUGCCUGGCCAUAUGCCUGGACAGGCAGCUACAGAACGUCACCAACUACUUUCUCCUGUCCCUGGCUAUAGCUGACCUGCUGGUGUGCCUGUUUGUUAUGCCUCUCGGCGCCAUACCGGGAUUUUACGGUGAAUGGCCUCUAGGCGUGGCUUGGUGCAACGUGUACGUCACGUGCGACGUGCUGGCCUGCAGUUCCAGCAUUAUGCACAUGUGUUGCAUUUCGCUGGGCAGAUACCUGGGCAUAAGACAUCCGCUCAGGACCAGACAUCACUAUUCCACCAUGAAAUUGGUGUGUUUCAAAAUCGCCAUCGUCUGGUUCCUGUCAUUUUUGGUAUCGUUUUCGGUCACGCUCCUCGGUCUAUCCAAUGCUAAGAACAUUAUGCCGGAUCCAGGGGUUUGCGUAAUCAACAAUCGAGCUUUUUUCGUCUUCGGUUCGCUGGUCGCGUUUUACAUACCGAUGAUCAUCAUGGUGGUCACGUAUGCCCUUACUGUUCAGUUGUUGCGGAAAAAAGCUCGAUUUCUAUUGGACGACAGUUUCGUGGACGGUCGGAGGAAUGGGUCAUCAGCGGAACCACAUCUGUUCAGACGUCUGGGCGGCCGGUUUUCAGCCAACAAAAACCAGAACAACGUGACCGGGCGGUUACAGCCGGGCAAAAACAACAACAAACAGUGCGAUCAACAGACGCAGAUACCCGACGCGGUAUCUGCUGGCGCCAGUGACUCGAGGAAUUUCCGGUUGAAGACGCUCAGACUUCAGCUGAAUAUGAACCCGUCGACACUGAAUUUGAGAUUUCUCGCCAACCGACAGAAGCGCCAAAGCCUGGCGGCCGCCAACGCCGUUAGAACCGAACAAAAGGCCAGCAAAGUGUUGGGAGUGGUGUUCUUCACGUUCGUGUUAUGCUGGUCACCAUUCUUCCUGCUGAACAUCGUGUUCGCCGUCUGCCCAAAGGAAAGCUGCCCGGUACCCGACCACGUUACCGAGGUGUGCCUCUGGUUGGGAUACGUGUCUUCGACGAUAAACCCGAUCAUCUACACGAUAUUUAACAAGACAUUUAGAGCCGCGUUUAUCAGGUUGCUCAAAUGCCGAUGUCACAAGACCAGACCUCACCGGUACAGAUCGGUGACGGACAACCGACACUCCGCGCUGAUAAGCACUCCAUCUGGGGCGGCCGCCGGAGCCGCCACUGUGCCGUUAUCACUGUCGCUGCAGUCCACGCCACUGACCACGUCGCCGCCCGUGAACGACACCGCCACCACUACCUUCGCCGCCACUGCCGUCGCCGCCAUGGCCGCCGCAGCUGCGUCUAAGAAGACGACGUCUACUCCCGAGUACCUAGACUCGUUUCUCGUCCAAGAAUGCCCAGAGGACACGGCCAAAUAUUGAUCCCGAGCGGGAUCAGGUGGUCGUUUCCGCUCAGACUACGUCGUCUGGAAACAUGAAAACAUACGAGUGUAAUAUUAUGUUGUUGUUAUUGUUAUUUUUAUUAUUAUGUUAUCAUAAUAUUAUAACGAUAAUAGGUAAUGUUAUAGAUCUCAUAAUAUUAUAUUAUUAUGUCCGAUCAUACCGAGUUGUUUCGCAUAAGACGUACGUAUACACCUCAUUAUGGUUACAUAAAAUUAUAAAGGUCGUGUCGUCCAAGGAAUUUGCAAGUGUAAUAUUAACUCGCUAUGAUAUUAUGUUAGAACUUUUGUUGCAAUCAAUAUUUCAAUUUUUUGUUUGCAAUACUAAAUAAAAAUUUUAAUUCUUCCUACGUUGAUUAUAACAAAUGUUAUCGCAUAGUUGGUUCAUAUUACAUUUGUUGGUUGAUUCCUUCAUUUACACCCUGCAGCUGUAUAUGUGUGUGCAGAGUGUCACUUCCGGAUUUACUUUCGCCGAUGUUCCCCACUGAAAUCGUUGUAAUAUGUAAAACCAGAGUCAUUAUAAUAUAUUAUUAUUAUCAUAUUAAUAGACAUAUCACAAUAUGCGUCCACUCUUUCUUCCUUUCUUUCCUCCUUCUCCCCUCACUUACUCACCCGCUCCAUGUCCGUGCUCUCACACUCCCGAAGGCACCUAUACACACGCAUUCAUAUCUACGCCUUUUCGUGUAAUGUAAAUCGGGGGUUCAUUUCACGCGCAGGAAAUAAUAAUGACCGUUGACGAUGGAGAGGGUCAAUCAAUCUUUAUGAAUACCCAUCUCGUAGGAAAAAAAGCAAACGCACCGGAGACCGGAAAGUAAUAUUAUGUGAAUUAUCGCACCUCUCGAGUGGAUGAAAAAAUAAUAAUAAGGGUGCAUUGCGGUUUUUAGUCGUUGAAUUGAUGAGCAAUCCGAAAAUUACAUAUUUGCGAAAAAUCUGAGUAGGUAUACGAUAUCGGUAUAACGAGUCCCGUAAGUUAGGCAGGAGAAACGGGAGCUCGACGAAUAAUUCUUCGCAUAAAAAAAUAUUAUAUUAUUAUUAUCAUUAUUACUUACACGUGCAAAAUAUUAUAUCGGUGUGUUUUUCAUUUUUAUUUUCGUUAUUUCAUGUCAAAUCUAUAGUAUUUCGUAGGUAUAGAUAAUAAUAUUAUAGGUACGCGUUAAGAAUAUUUUAGCACGAUUUAGGGGUAUACCAAAGAUUAAGAUGUUAAUAAUAUUAUUCUUACUAUUGUAUAUUUUUAAUAAAAUGUACCGGAAGUAGGUAGUUAUUGUUACAUCAACACCGUUGUUCAUCAAACUGAUUUACUGAAUUUAUAUAGUUAAUAGUUAGUUUAAUAGUUAACAAUUUAUAGUUGUACAAUAAAUAGUGUUGUUAAGCACCUAUAGUGCUUUUAGAAAUAGUUAUAGAUUAGCUAUCAUUUUUAAUUUCUUUUAUAUACAUUUUUUUUUUUUUUGAUAAAAUAUAUAUACCUGCAGUGUGUUUUUAAUGUCUUAAGUUACGUUCAAAUUAAUUUAUGUUUGUUAUUCGAAGAUUUGUAUCAUAUAAUAUGUGCGUGGAAAUGUAGCUAUUUAUUCGUUUUAAAUCUAAAAACAUAUUAUAGUUAAUAGUAUUCAUAUAAUACAAGAGUUAUUAUAUAUAAAAAAAAUAAUAAUAAUCAUGUCAUUAUUAUUUAAAACUCAUACUGUUUCGAUUUUAAAAAAUAAUUCAUAAAUUAUUAUAUUAUAACAAAUGUAAAAGUGUUCAUGAAAGUUUAAGAAUAAAUAAAACCAUAAAA